AUACAGUGGUGUUCAGAAGUGUAUCAAUCACCAGAUUCGUCAGUAAGGGAGUGUACGUGAAUGGUGUGUGUGGUGCGUUUAAGUGCUGUUCUUUAACUAGUUUGAUAUGUUGUUAUCAUAAGUUUAUCGUUAUCAGGUGUUAUCUUCUAUUUAUUUGCUCAACCAGCAGUUAUUAACAGUGCAAUGGAGUAUAUUAUAAGGUGCCUUCUGCUGGCGCUUUUAGGGCCAUUUUUCACAUUCGCCCAAGUUCCACAACGAUUUACCGCACAAAAUCCUUGCACUUCGAAGGGAACAUGCCAGGAGUGCAUCCAGACGCCGUCUUGUGCUUGGUGUUACGAUCCGCAUUUCGUAGGCAGCGCCAGAUGUUUCCAACCGUCGUUUCCUCUCUCAUCGAAAGAAGAUCAAUGCAAAGAAGAAUUUACGCACAAUCCAGAUAAUAUUCAGAGCAUAUUGUCGAAUCUAGAAUUGUCGAAAGCGCAGCAUGCUGAUGCUAAUGAGAAUAAUCAUUGGAGUCUGAGCCAUGAGACCAGUUGGAAUCAGUCGAGCAGCUGGCAGAAGAAAGGAUCCGCAAUGUACGGCUAUAAAGGCAGUAAAGGGCAGCAAAUCGUGCAGGUGGCGCCUCAGAGGAUCAGCCUGAAGUUGCGAGCUAGGCAAUCGUACAGUAUAUUCAUGAGCUACACCCAAGCUGAGGACUAUCCAGUGGAUCUUUACUACCUCAUGGACCUCAGUAGGUCGAUGUUUGACGACAAAGAGAAACUGUCUCUAUUGGGCGACCAAUUGGCCACCACUAUGCAGCGGGUCACGUCGAACUUUACAUUGGGAUUUGGGAGUUUUGUGGAUAAAGUGGUGAUGCCGUACGUCAGCACCCUGCCAGAAAAGCUGAUAAGGCCCUGUGACGUGUGCGUGGCACCCUACGGAUUUCACCAUCAUAUGAGUUUGAGCACUAACACUUACAUGUUUUCACGAAUGGUGAAGCAGGCGAAUGUUUCUGGGAAUCUGGAUGCUCCUGAAGGAGGCUUUGAUGCCAUUAUGCAGGCGGUAGUUUGCCGCAACCAGAUCGGCUGGAGAGAAAAGGCCAGGCGAUUGUUGGUGUUUUCUACCGAUGCCAGUUUUCAUUAUGCUGGCGAUGGAAAAUUAGGCGGCAUUGUGAAGCCAAACGAUGGAAGUUGUCAUUUGUCGCGCGAAGGCUACUACAGCGAGUCGUCCUAUCAGGAUUAUCCUUCCAUCGAACAAAUCAAUUUGGCCGUGAAGAAAAAUGCCAUCAAUGUGAUUUUUGCGGUCACCGGUAACACUAUUGGCGUGUAUGAGCAGCUGGCAAAGCACAUAGAAGGCGCAUCUGUGGCCAAGUUGGAAAAGGACAGUUCCAAUAUCGUGGAGCUGAUCAAGGAGCAAUACGAGCAGAUUUCCUCAUCGGUAGAAAUGAAGCAUAAUGCUUCCAGUGCUGUGAGCAUUCGGUUUUUCACCAAUUGCCUCAACGCUUCUGGAACGGUGGUUAAUACGAAUAAAUGCGGAAACAUCAAGGUUGGUGAUGUGAUCAAUUUCAAAAUCGACAUUGAGGUCCUCAAGUGCCCGAAAGAGCGAAAAGAUCGCUUCCAAACUAUCCAGAUCUACCCAGUAGGGAUCAACGAAAGCCUGAUCAUUGACUUGGAAAUGCUGUGCGAGUGCAACUGCGAAAAGCCUGGCGAUAAGUAUUACCAAGAAAACGCGCCGGCUUGCGGCCUGCAUGGUACCUACAAAUGCGGCAUUUGCGACUGCAACCCGGGAGCAUUCGGGAGACACUGCGAAUGCAGCGGAGACGAAAUAGCGAAGCAUCCGAAAACAAUCGGCUGCGCUCCUCCAAACAGCACAACAGGAAUUGAGUGCUCCGGCAGGGGCACAUGUAUUUGCGGACGAUGCGAUUGCGAGUCUAGAGGAUUGGGUACUGAGAAAAUCUAUGGGGACUACUGUGAAUGCGACAACUUCAGCUGUGAAAGACACAUGGGUGAACUUUGCAGCGGCGAAACUCAUGGAACUUGCGACUGUGGCGUCUGCAAUUGUAAGCCUGGAUGGACGGGGUCGAAUUGUGCAUGUGAAGAAUCGAAUGCUGGCUGCUAUCCGCCCGAUGUGAUCGAAGGGGAGAUUUGCUCCGGCCAUGGAAUGUGUGUGUGCGGGGCCUGCGUGUGCGAAGAUACCCAAGAAAGUCGAUACUCUGGCAAAUUUUGCGAAAAGUGCCCGACAUGCCCGGACCGCUGCUUGGAGUAUAGAGACUGCGUCCAGUGCCAAAUGUACCAUACCGGGCCUCUUAAGGAGCCCGAGCUUUGCAGUGCCAAUUGCACAAAUGUGCCUGUUCCAAUCGCUGUCGAUAAAGUGGAAGCUAUUGAAGAAACCAACGAAUAUUUGUGCCGCUACACAGAUGAAGAUCAUUGUCAGUUCACCUACGUGUAUUACUACGAUAUUGAAAGGAAGCUGCAUAUCAGGGCGCAGCAGGAAAGAACGUGCCCCCCUGAGAUAUUUGUGCUCGGAAUUGUAUUUGGAGUUAUUGCCGCUAUUGUUCUCAUUGGAAUGGCCAUUUUACUGCUAUGGAAACUUCUGACCACGAUCCAUGAUCGGCGGGAGUUCGCCCGAUUUGAAAAGGAAAGAAUGUUGGCCAAAUGGGACACUGGCGAAAAUCCGAUUUACAAGCAGGCGACAUCGACGUUCAAAAAUCCCACAUACGCCGGCAAAGGCUAAAACCAUGAACUAAGUUAAACUAAGGCCAAACUGAAGGUAUGUAUGCAACCUCUACAUAUUGCCAACUCUAGCUAAACUGCCAUAUUAUACUUAGGCAAAUGAAUGCAUUAAGAAAACAUAAUAAUUCGCGUUAUUUUUUUCAAAUUCAAGUUUUUAUUUGACCUGAUUGUUUACGUUCUCAAGCUCGGAAACAUUAUAAAUUUCGCCACGCUUUAAUUAGAGUUAGUUGAGUUGAUUUACUUAACUUAUUUUUUUUAAUUAAAAUACUAGAAAUGAUGUGCCUAAAAACUAGUGUCUUAAAAACUUGUCUUAAGAAAGCGUAGGUGUGAAUUAUAUUUUAAUAACUAAACAAUGUACGAAUAGCUCGAUAGGAUAUAGAAUCUCGAAUAUAGAAAGCACUUUUUUGUGCGCCACAACGCUACUAAUCUCGUAGUAGGUAAAACUCUUUUUUUUUAUUGUAGUUUUAGUUCAGAUAUUAUGUAAGUGUGCGAAUUAAAUUAAUAUGUCUACGCUUAGUAAUAGGUAUGUUGGUGAAUAUUUAAACGAAUUUUUAAGUUAUAAUAGAUCGCCAGAGAAAGUACUUAGAGCGCUUAUAGACUCAUGGUAGAAUAGUUUCAAGGUGCGAUAACUCGAAUUGAUUAUGAUCUGAUUGUUGUUUAGUUUUUUAUUUGAGUUUAUGAAUCGUUGUUUAACACUGACUAAAUUUUAAAUCCCUUAAUAAAGCGUUUAACUGUGUGUGUUCAAUUAUGUCGAUAAGAGCACGAUUUUUAAAAUGCGAAAAAAGUGAAUUGUAUUUAAUGUGCAACUAUAGGUGUUUUUUGGAAGGCAAAAAUCAAGAGUCGAAGCUGAAAUGCAUUUUAUUUAAAACAAUAAUCACAAUAUAUACUCGUUCUACAAGCAAUAAAUAAUGUUAAACCACA